AUUUCGGAACCUGCCGAGAGCAGAGAAGUAGCAUUGUAUGUACGUCCUAGAAACAGCGAAAGGAGCUCGGGCUGGUGACAGAGAGAGGGGCCUACAGAAGAUGACGGAAUACAAGCUUGUCGUCGUUGGAGCUGGUGGUGUAGGCAAGAGUGCGUUGACGAUACAACUUAUUCAGAACCAUUUUGUAGAUGAAUAUGAUCCUACAAUAGAGGAUUCAUACAGGAAGCAAGUAGUAAUUGAUGGCGAAACCUGUCUCUUGGACAUUCUGGAUACAGCUGGUCAAGAAGAGUACAGUGCAAUGCGGGACCAGUACAUGAGGACGGGCGAGGGCUUUUUAUGUGUAUUUGCUAUAAAUAACACAAAAUCCUUUGAAGAUAUUCAUCAUUAUAGGGAACAAAUAAAAAGAGUGAAAGAUUCUGAAGACGUCCCCAUGGUGCUAGUAGGGAACAAGUGUGACUUGCCUUCCAGGACUGUAGACACAAAACAAGCUCAGGACUUAGCAAGAAGUUACGGAAUUCCAUUCAUCGAAACCUCUGCGAAAACAAGACAGGGUGUUGACGAUGCCUUCUACACGUUAGUUCGGGAAAUCCGAAAGCACAAAGAGAAGAUGAGCAAAGAUGGCAAAAAGAAGAAAAAGAAGUCGAAGACAAAGUGUAUAAUUAUGUAAAUGCAAUUUACCCUUUAUCCUUAAGGUGUACGUCGGUAAACGUGAUUAAUUUUUGUACCAUUACACUAAAUUAUUAGCACACGUUUUUAAGCAUUACUUUAAAAACUUCCUAUCUGCUUUCUGAAUCUUCAGCCUUCUUCUCUGGAUGCUUGCGUUAAAUGACAGUGGAAGCUAUUCCUCUUAAGUGCCAGUAAUCCUUGAGUGUUGGUCCUUGAACCUUGCAAUGCCUGUGAAAAACAAAAAAAUACCUGAAAACCUUUUCUUCAGGGUAUUUUGGUGCAUGCAAACCUUGCUAAUGUCUUCUGUUUUUUUGUUUUGUUUUUGUUUAAGAGUCUUCUGCAAGACCAGCCUUUCUACUAGGCGAUGCUGUCUGGGCAAUUCUUUUCCAGGGUGGGGUGGCACUUCAACUGUAGAAGGAGAUGGAUUUUUUUUCUUUGGGGUCAUUUUUUGGUGCAUAUGUUCCUUCAUCCAUAAGCAGGGGGUGGUGAAUGGAGUACUUUAUGCUCAUGGUGGAACUCCCCUGUCCUUUGCCAGGGUGAGGUGAACUCCUAAUACCAUACACCUGAGUAGAGGAUGGAGGACAGUGAGGAGGUAUCCCACUUGAGCCGUAUGGAGCAGCAGUGUCUGUGCUGUGUUCAGAGAGAGAACGUAGAUAUUGGGGCUGUUCACACAACACGCCAACCAACGCUCAGUGGUUGAGGGAGGAUUGUUUUGAACCGUGGGCUGUUUGUAGAACCGUGUUGUCUGAAUGCAGCACUUUUUCUGCAGGGUGGGUUAUCGUGUUGUUUGAAUGCAGCUAGGGUGGCUUGUUAAUCACUCUAAACAACCCAACGAAAAAGAUUCUCAAGCUGGCUUGUUCGAGAGAAAUAAGCCACGCUGCACGGAUAGCAAGCCAUUCUGGCUGCAUUCAGACAACUCGACAACCCAUGGUUCAACAAAUAACCUAUGGUUCAAAACAACCAUGAGGGUGGGUUAACACAUUGUAUGAACAGCCCCGUUAUGUAAUUUCGGGGAUCCUUUGAAGUGCAGCAUUCAUGAGAUCCAGGUAACUCACAGGAAGUGGGAACCAAAUUGGGGGCAUGGGUAUGGACUAGGGUUGGGGAGCAGAGCUAAAAGGCAGCAGGUGGGUAUUCAGGACUAUGGGAGACCUGCUACAGGACCCCAGCAGGACAAGUGCUAUGGCCACAGUUGAAUGUGAUAUAUCUAUGACCCCACACUGCCUAAAGCUGGCCCUGGAUCUUUGUAUAAAGGUAAACUAAUAUCUCUAGUUCCAUUUCUACUUGCCAUGUUCACGAUGUGGUUGGGUUAAAAGGACUGGUCAGCACAGAGAUCUUGGUUUUGGGCAGACUUUUUAAACCGUUUUGGUUCUGAGGAUUGCAAUAUUGAUAUACCAGACGCCUUUUUAGCCUUCCUAUAAUUUCUGCUGCUAGGCACCUUUUCUUGUAGCAUUUCCAAUCAACUUGAAUGAAUGUAAAAAAAUAAUCAUCAUCAUAGAGUUUUCACAAAGUUUUUUUUUUCCACAGCAGUUUGUCCUCGGUCACGCAAAGUAACUAUUUUUUCUAUUAAAAGUGAAAAUCUUUUUUAAAAAAAGAGAGAGAGGAAAAAGCAAAAUUUCUAAUUGGACUGCUUUGUUGCAAUGAAUUACUUACUACUUUUGUAUGCAAGGGAAGCCAUGGAGUUGGGGUGAUAAUCCAAUUAGGAGGAAGUUUGCUGUAUAAAUUCAACAUGAAAAAGCUGGAGUUGCAUUGGAGCACACUGCUAUUGUGCAGACCACUCAUUUCAAUGGGACAUGCAAGGGAGAAAUGCCUUGUGAACUAUGUCUCUAAAUGCUAGGCAGACUUAAUAGUCCAGCAUCUCAAAAAAGUUCAUUCCUGUAGGAUUGAAGACUUUAUCAAUUUAUCACAUUGUUUUAUCAUUUCUGGAGCACUUUCAUCCUUCAGUCCCAUUCAAUAUGUUUUGACCCCCAUUUUGUUAAGAAGGGGAAACAUAAUUUGGAGGGCUGCAAUCUGGCUGAGACUGUUCUCAGUCAUUUUUAUGUGUUGACUAAAUGUCACUAAAAAUGUCAUUGGCUGGGUUCAUACAACACGCUAAGCCACCCCAGUGUGGGUUGUUGUUGAAACAUAGGUUAACCACGCUGAACAACCCAACAACAAGCCAUGGGCUCUCAAGGUGGCUAGUUUGAAAAAAAUAAGCCACACUGCAUGUUUAACAAGCCACCUUGCGGAAAACAUGCUGCAUUCAGACAACAUGUUAACCCACCCUACAGAAAACAUUCUGCAGACAAUACACUAAGCUAUGGUAGGUUAAUGUGUCGUAUGAACCCAACCAUUAUGGGGCAAGCAUCUCUUUUCAAGGUUAGAGCCCUGUGCGGUUAGAUCUUAGACCUAAAUGUCCACGUCGAGCACUCUGUUUGAAUUGUUCACAAGAGGCCUUAUCAAGAAUGCAACUGAGAAUGGGGCCUCAGCUGAUCUUUUAUUUGCCCAAACCUUUUCUUUUUCUAUUGAUAAUGCUGUCACUUAAGUUUGAUUUGUUAAAUAUGAGAAGUCCACACUGUAAGGCUGUGGAUGAAACUUCUUAGAUUUAAUCCAUUUUCGAUGCCGUGCCGAUAAUACCAGCAAACUCUACGGCAGCUGCAGGUAGAGGAAGUCACUCCCAUUGAUGCAAACAGGAAAAACAGGUCACCCGAAAGCUGGUGCUACCAGAAAAAAAAGUUCUUGGAAGGCUGACACAUCAACAGUUGUAUUAUAACGCCCUGAAAUAUUGUGUUACGAUUAGGCUGCAUUCGUUUAUAACAUUGCGAACACUUAAGUCUAGGGUUCCUUUUUGCUUAAACUUUGAUUUUUAACCUGUUGGUUGUUUUAUUAUGGUUUUAAUUUUUGUGAACCGCCCAGAGAGCUUCGGCUAUUGGGCGGUAUAAAAAUGUAAUAAAUAAAUAAAUUUAACUCUGUGCUGGACAGGGCAGUAAAAAACAACAACCCACCAACCCUCACUACAGCUAAUAUAAACAGAUCCUUCAAUUUUCCAUGUAGCAGAUAGCAAUGCCUUAUAUCCACUUUGCUUAUUUCACAUCCUUAUUUUUUAAAAGGUGAAAAGUUAAUUAUUAAAUAUAUUACAUUUUUUUGUAUGAUACAAAUACCUACUUUUAUGUUCCAGAGUAUAAAGUAGGUUCUGAACAAUUUCUGCCCAAGAAAUGCUGCUGGGUUGUGUUCUGUGAGUUACAAGUUGUGUGCAGGCCUAGUGUGAAAACAUUUGCAUAGUUUUCUUCAACCUGAAUUCUUCUGCAUCCCCACACGGAUUUUUGAGGUGGUAAAGUCAAGAUGCCUUUUACCAGCAUAUGAAAAUAUCAGAUAAAAUGCACCUUGUGGUAACCCAGCUAAAAGUAGCAAAUAUUGCCUAAUCCAUUCUCAUCCUUUGGGUUUGGCUCUGCAAUACCCAUUACCUUCAAAUAUUUUGACUUCUUAAAUAAUGACCCUUUCGGGAAGGUGGUUUAAUGGGAAGAGCAUGUACAUAGAACACACGUAGGGAGAAAUUCACAAAGCACUGAGGUGACAUGACUUCCUCUUCACUUUGCCUUGUAGAAGACGACAUCAAAAUGAGCAGCAGUCUUAACGUUUGGCUAACUGUAGCCCACCGUUGUACCUUUUAAUAAUUUAAUUCCACUUUUGAUUUUUUUUCUAUCGAACCCAAGUCUAUUCCCACACCCCCUCUUCCUCUCUCGAGUGCCAAAUCCCUUUACCAGGACUAUUUCUUAAAAUGCAAUGUGUUUACCUAGAAUGUAUUAACUAUUUUUGUAUAGUAUAAACUAAACAUACAUGUUUCGUACAUUGUGCUUUCGGUUUUUAAUGUUUGAGGCAGAACAUAUGCAAUGCAAUGUGAUCCAGGUGAUUUGAUUUUUUAUUAUUAUUUUGGUGGGGGGGGAGGGGCUCAUUUUAUUUCAGUCACGUGACCUCAGGAUGUCGGUCACAGACAUUAACGUUUGAAGAAUGACCACUGUUCAUUUAAGCCUUUCCAAAUGGUUUAUUAGCAGCACGUGCUGUGAAGUGACAUGAAACCGGUUAAUUUGUCACAAACAAUACUGCUCCUGUUGUGAUUAAUAAUAAAAAAAAAAGUUUGUGUGUU